ACAACGACGAGCUAGGGUUUGUGUCGAGGAGCACAGAUCUAGAGCUAUGUUUGGGCGCGGGCCAAGGCGGAGCAACGAGACCAAGUAUUACGACAUCCUUGGCGUCUCCAAGGAUGUGUCGCCGGAGGAUUUGAAGAAGGCGUACCGGAAGGCCGCCAUCAAGAAUCACCCGGACAAGGGAGGCGAUCCCGAGCAGUUCAAGGAGAUUUCGCAAGCGUACGAGGUGUUGAGUGAUCCCGAGAAGAAGGAAAUCUAUGAUCAGUAUGGCGAGGAGGGUCUCAAGGAGGGCAUGGGCGGCCCCAGCGCCGGAAGCCCUUUUGAUAUCUUCGAGUCGCUCUUCAGUGGUGGCGGUGGCAGUAGAGGCGGCAGCCGAAAGAGGAGAGGCGAGGAUGUGGUUCAUACCUUAAAGGUUUCCCUCGAGGAUCUCUACAACGGCACGUCAAAGAAGCUUACAUUGUCACGGAACAUACUUUGUCCAAGCUGCAAAGGAAAGGGCUCGAAGUCUGGGAAUUCUUCAAAGUGUACCGGUUGCCGUGGCACUGGAAUGAAGAUAUCUGUCCAUCAAAUCGGCCCUGGAAUGAUUCAACAGAUGCAGAAAGUUUGCAACGAUUGCCGGGGUUCGGGAGAGACCAUCAACGAGAAAGACAAGUGCCCCCAGUGCAAGGGCAACAAGGUUGUCCUUCAAGAGAAGAAGCUUCUAGAGGUUUUUGUCGAGAAGGGAAUGUCUCACAAUCAAAAGAUUACUUUCCAAGGAGAGGCCGACGAAGCGCCGGACACAAUCACCGGGGACAUCAUCUUCGUUUUGCAACAGAAGGAGCAUCCCAAGUUCAAGAGGAAGGGCGACGAUCUCUUUCUGGAGCACAGCCUCUCUUUGCUGGAUGCUCUCUGCGGUUUCCAGUUCACCAUCACUCACCUCGACGGCAGGCAACUCCUCGUCAAGUCGAGACCGGGCGAGAUUAUCAAACCAGGCCAAUUCAAGGCUAUCAACGAUGAAGGAAUGCCUCACCACCAGAGACCCUUCAUGAAGGGAACCCUGUACAUCCACUUCUCGGUCGACUUCCCCGAGUCUGGGAGCCUCACUCCGGAGCAAUGCAAGGCUUUGGAAGCAGUGCUGCCGCCGCGGCCGUCGAGCCAGCUGACGGAGAUGGAGCUGGACGAGUGCGAGGAGACUACGCUCCACGACGUGAAUCUGGAGGAGGAGAUGCGGAAGAAGCAGCAGCAGCAGCAACAGGAAGCGUACGACGAGGACGACGAACCGGCUGGACCAAGAGUCCAGUGCGCUCAGCAGUGAGAAGGAUAUGAUCGAGGUCCCCCGUGAUAAAAAAGAUUUGAGUCUCUAUGUCGUAGAGAACCAUUUUGCGAAUAUACUUCAUUUUUUAUUUAGUAUGAUCAAUGAAGUUGAGAGACCAACUUGGUCUACUCCGUUGUAG